AUGCUACGCGUUCUCCUCUCCGCAGUGAUUAUUGGCUCCAGCCACAGCUUCUGUCCGGCCGCAAGAAGUGCGUGUCAGCGGCACGGCAUUAGUGCGGAACCGGACGACGCGGUCGGCGACGAUGCCACGAGCGAGGCACUAUCCACCAGCGACAUCGCCACAACCGCGACUGCGGCCGCCGCCGGCGCGACGGUCGCAAGCACAGUCGCCACCGCGGCCGGCACCGUCUGCGCCACCGGCGCGUGCACGGCGGCCGGCGCCGCGGCAACGGCGGCGGCUACGGGAACUGCUGGCGCCGCGGCGGGAACCGCCGGGGCGGGCCUGCUUUCACAACUGGCGUAUCCUAUCGCCGCGUUGGGCCUCUCGGGCGCAUUAGCCCUGCAAUCCGGUCCCGAGGCGCUCAUGGACCAGGCGGCGCACAGCGCGCUCUACGCCGACGCGAUGCGAUCGAACCACCCCGUGGUGCUCGAGUUCUACAGCAACGAUUGUCGCCAUUGCCGGCACGCGGCGGCGUCGCUGGCCGAGACCGCCGCCGCGCACCCGGGCACCGACUGGGUGAUGGUCGACUGCCAAAAGCCGGAGUCGCGGUCCCUCGUGGAAAAAUACAACGUCGGGCCGAUCCCGCACUUCGCUUUUCUGGACGAGUCCAAGACGUUGCGGCGAACAGAAGUCGGCGAGAGUGGCGCGAAGAGAGCCGAUGCCGUUCUCCGCGCGCUUGAGGGGUCUUCUUCGUAACUUGAAC